AUGGAGAUAAUGACACCUCAACAUGUUGCAGAAAUUUUAUGCAAUUACGAUUCAGAUAUUCGAAUGCGCUUUCAACAAAACUAUAUAAAAUGGCGUAACCAGAUAAAUAAGCCUUACAACGCUUUAUUUCUAAAAUAUAUCAAUUUUCAUUCAAUUGAAACGAGAUUUAUUAGUAAGCAAUUAAACCCCAAUUAUUAUCAACGCAAUAAUUAUGAAUUAGAAAAGGUUGGUGUGUUGUCAAAUCCAGAAAAGAAUAAGGCUGUUUCACCAGUUAUAAAAUUAAUAAAUGAUGCUACGAUGCUAACUACUGAUUCAUCAUUUAAAAGUUUACUUGAAGAAAUGCCAGAAGUAAUAUCGCGGCAAGAAUUUAAAAGAAGGCAAUCUAUACCGACUGUUCGAGGAAAAGUUGGUAAUUGUACUGAUCCGAAUUCAUUUUCGGUUUUGGCUAUUCUCCAAUCAAAUGGUGAUAAGGGUUUGGAAAUACUGAAAUAUUAUGAUGAAUUUAAAACCCUAACAUGGAAGCUACGCAAAAUACUAGUAAACUUGAUUGUGAAAUAUUUUAUUAAAUUAGAUUUGCAUAUAUCGCUGAAAUUGAGUUAUAAUCUGGAAAAACAGAUUCUUAAGAUAUUUCCAACUGAAAAACUUAAAAAUUAUCGCACUAUUAAACGAGGUAAAAUUUAUACCAAAUUCUGUCAUAUGAAUCGUAGUAAACGUAAGGAUAUCAAAGUUUAA